ACAGUUUUCAGGAUGCGUCCUAGCGACGUGUAGUGGCCUAGAUUAUUCCUCAACGUUUGCGCCACAGUGCGGUCGUGUGCGAGAUACUGGUGUGGGUGACUCCGUUUGUGAUCAAUAAUUGUGUUCGACUCAAGAAUCAAGGCCGAAUUGGUGCGCGUUAUCAAACGCCCUUCAGGUUAAAAGGAAACGGAUCAUCAAAACAUGUCAAAAAUUUUAAUAGUUGCUUAGAAGUCCUCGCCGUGGAUGACAAGACUGCAGUCACGCAUCGCGCGAGCAAUCGCUUACGUCAGCGUCUUUUGAGAAUGGGAAGAAUGCGGGUCAGUCAUCGGGAGGACAGGCGAGUCAAGAUGGCUUGCUCUUUUACUAGUUGGCGAAUUAUGGCUUCCUUGUUGGUUCUUUCGACUUUAUGUUGCGCGUGUUUCGCGGAGAAAGAAUAUUUGAUUAAAGGAAAACUUUGGGAUAAUGAAAGCACUAGUGAUCAAACUGGUGGUCGUAGAAGCGUGUGGACAAGACAAGAUGAUGGUAGUGCUUUGUUUUGUGGUCGAAAAACCAACGCUAAAUUUCCGCUGAAGUACAUAAAAACAAAAGACGCAAAAAAAGUUUUUGUUGAAAUUGAAUAUAACAUUUACCGAACAUUUGGCGAAUCAAGCGGUUUGUUCAUUCUCUCAAAUCUGUUGAUGUCGGAAAAUAUUUCGGAAGCAAAAGAUAAAGAAGGUCUCGUUGAAAAGCAUAGCGUGGAUAAAAUUGCUAGUAACGUUAGAAAGAAAGCAACCCUGCAUUACGAUAUUAACGAGGAUGAUCACUUUAUGAACCUGACUUUGCUUGGUUUUAAAGUCUGUGUUAAAGUGUUUAGUAUUACGGUAUAUUACAAUGUAUGUCCAGCCAAUGAAUCUCUAAAGGUUACCAGAACCGCGGCUCCAAGAAUUGGAUUUAUCGAAGCAAGUGUCAACUGUUCUAUUAAGCAAAGUGGGAAAAAGGGAUCGGUUGUUGUGGCUAAGUGUGGUAGUGAUGGUAAUUGGAGUAAAGUAGAGGAUAAAGAGGGUGGUUGUACAAAUGAUUGUGACCCUGGAACUGAGCUGAUUAAUGACACCUGUACAGCUUGUGAGGAAAAUCACUUCAAGCAAAACAGAGGAACUUAUACUUGCAAAAAGUGUCCCCCCAAUACUGUCAGUGAGGAAAGCCGUACAAGAUGUAAAUGCAAGAUACGAUAUUAUCGCAACACUGACAAUGGUCCUUGCAAAACUAUUCCAUCCAAACCGAAACACCUUAGUUACAUUCUACUUUCAAGCCAUGCUAUCCAGCUCAACUGGAACGUAUCACAACAAGAUGCUUCUUCGAAUCCUGGUUUAUAUUUUCAUGUGAAAUGUAAACAACAUGGCACCCACAACCAGCGAGUACCUUGCAGGAAUUUAUCAUUGGGAGAACGUGGCGUAAACGUAUCCAAAUCACCUUUCAUGAUCCAACACUUGUUGAAUGACACCACGUAUACUUUCAUCGUAGUUGCAAUGAAUGAUGUUAGCGGUCAUGUCAGUGAGGAAGAGUGGAUGCAUGCAACUGUCGAUGUACGAUUGCAAGGAAGUAUCACAACCAAGGCUACUAAAGUUUCAACCAAACACACGACGGAAAAACCUCCUGUUGUCACAACAUCAGGUUGGUCGUCGUCUUCCUCUGGAUCAUCUCGCGGGCUUCCUGAAACCGAAAGCAAAACUUCAAGUAAUGCUGUUCCUAGUGUCUUCACCACUGCAUUCUCGAAAGGCAGUGUACAAGCCAGGGCUGACAAAGAUGAUGAUGAACAGUUUAUGCCUUACAUUGGUAUUGCCUCUGGAUUCAUUAUACUUAUCAUCAUCGUUCUGUUAAUUAUUCAUUGCAAAAGAAAACACAUGAAAAAGAAGAAGCUUGACAUUGAAGAAGAAGGUAUGCUGUUGAAUUAUCCCGAAACAUAUGUAAAUCCAGCUAAAUAUGGAAAUCCUGAGAAAGCGGUAAGAAAAUUUGCCAAAGAAAUCGAUAGACGUGAGAUCAAAUUGGAAGGACUCAUUGGUGAAGGAGAAUUUGCAAAGGUGCACAAAGGAAUGCUAUGUCGACCCAAUGAACCACCAGUAGCUGUUGCUCUUAAAAUACUGAAGCCUGGUUCAACUCCAAAAAAUCGAGAGGACUUUUUAACAGAAGCUGCAGUUAUGGGACAGUUCAAAGAUAUGAAUAUCGUUGCUCUUGAGGGAGUUGUUACCCAGAGUCAUCCUGUUGUGAUUAUAACAGAGUUUAUGCAUAACGGAGCACUUAGUGAUUAUCUUGUUCGACACAAGAAUCGUUUCACGGAAAUUGAACUUCUUGGAAUGGCAAGAGGAAUUGCUUCAGGCAUGAAAUAUUUGGCCAGAAUGCGUUAUGUUCACAGAGAUCUUGCUGCAAGAAAUGUGCUGGUGAAUGAAAAUUUGGUUUGCAAGGUCGCUGACUUUGGUUUGACGCGGGAACUUGAAGAAUCUUGUCAAGGAGAAUAUGUCACACAGGGAGGAAAGAUUGCUAUUCGUUGGACAGCUCCGGAAGCGUACAAACAUCGUCGCUUUACUACUGCGAGUGACGUUUGGAGUUACGGAAUUGUUUUAUGGGAGAUCAUGACCUACGCUGACAGACCUUAUGGCGACUGGGAUAACUACAUGGUUAUGCAUCAGGUCACUGCCAACUACAGAUUGUUUCCGCCCAUGAAUUGCCCGAAAAUUGUUCAUCAGCUAAUGAUGGAGUGUUGGAAUGCUGACAGAAGUCAAAGGCCUUCAUUCACAGAUAUUGUUGAGAUGUUGGAAAGAUGGAUAAGGAAUCCAUACUUACUGAAAGACUAUCAAUACGUGACAGAAAAGGAUCGUAUGGCAGACCGCAAAUCUUGUAUUGCGAAGUCAAUUCGCGAGUACCUUGAAGGCAUUAAAAUGGAUCGAUAUAUCGAGAAUUUCAUCGAUUUCGGUUACACGGAACUCUAUCAAAUUCAAAACAUGACAGACGAUGACCUCGUCAAUAUUGGUGUACCUCUGGUUGGACAUCGAAAUAAGAUCAUCAAAGGUCUACGAGGGGAAUCGGAACCCUUGUUACCAAUAGAUGCAGUAGAUGUAUAAUGGUAUCAGUAUGGUACAUAAAAGUAUGGUGGUGUGUGAGGGUGAAAUCCCCGUACUGGUGCUUCAUUGUAUCCUGAACGUGUGAAGUCUAGUUUCCUCUUCAUGGUGAUGAUACGUUUUGUUGUGUUAAAGUAUAUCAUGGUUCUCCUGACAAUUGGUGUUGGCACUCCUGCCAGUGAUUUUGUUGACAAUUAUCACAACACAGAAAAGAUUCAAGCAGCCCGAAAAGUAAUUCGCUUCUUCCAUGGUUGGUAUCUCAAAUAUUUAGCUGCAUAGAUAAAGCUUUAAAGAGUUUGGUUAUAUUUGUAAAAUAUAAAAUGUAUUGUUAUUACUAAAAUAUGGUUAUUUAUCGUGUUAAUAAAAAAACUAUAGUUCUAAUACAUCGACUCGCAGAACGGUACAUCUGGUUGGAUUUUGAUUCAAAUUGUUUUAUAUUCACAUUAAUUUUUUGACGUUCAAACAAAAAUACUUAACAAAAACGGCUGGCAUUUCCAGUUAUAAUGCAAACGGCUUUUAAACUGUACAUAUAAUAUUCGACUACAGUGGAUAUAAAGUUCCAUUUCAAUGCUAACUUUCUCGAAUCUGAAACAGGCUGCAGUAUAGCCUGAAAUGAUUCGAGGAAGUCCUCAAGGAAGUAAACUAUGUACUAGCUCUCAUGAUCUAAAAGGGGAAAGUGUAAUAUAUUAUAAUAAAGAAGAAGCAUUCUUUUAGACCUGGUAGUCUGAAAACACGGAUUGGGAAUGGGACUAGUCAACUAGAAUCCCAUGCUAGUCCCAAACCUUUUCUCACUUUCAGAUCAGCCAGCAACAGAAUGUUUCAUGUGUAAAACAAACUAAAAAAUUCAUUUCAACAUAUUGUUGUGUUAUAAGGUUUUAAAUUAUUAGAUCGUAGUUUUAAUUGAAGAGAUAUUUUGUUAGUGUUUUGUAUUUAAGUUAUUGUUUAUAUUUAUUUAUA